GGGGCCUCCGAUUCGCUCGCUUAAGUCGCUCACUAAUUCCAAAUGCUCUCUCCAAAUGCGGCGCUCCCUCCACCUCUCACCAUGGCCCUCCAGCCGCCACGGCUAGACUACUACGCUACGGCAGAGGAAGCGCAUACUGCUAUACAAGCGCACGCCUCAGCGCAGGGCUACGGCCUAGCAAAAUACCGUAGUAAACCAGACAGAGUGGACAUACGAGCAUGCCCCCUAGACGCAUGCCGACACCUCCGACGCCAGGACCGCCUAUUUCUAUAGCCCCCCGUCCAGCUCCUGUCGCUCAGAGUGCUCCUCAGUCGACGGCUACACCA